CGUACAUUGCUUCCGCACUUGCGCAGUAGUAGAAGCCGUGAGCUCAGAGACGCAUGCGUAGAGACGGGUGUAGAUAAAUAGAGUCAAUAAUAAAAUUACAGAGGAAUAAAUAGAAGACGGAGGAGACAUGAACCAACUAGAGCGUCUGAGGGACGAAGAGGACACGGAGGAGACAGACUGUCACCAUGACAACAGUGAUGGGACCAACAACAAUAACAACAACCGACGCAAGACCGUGUGUCCAGGUGCAGGUGAGCAUCCUCUCCAGUAUAACUACACGUUCUGGUACAGUAGAAGAACUCCGAGUCGUCCGGCCAGUUCUCUGAGUUACGAACAAAACAUCCGACAGAUCGGCACCGUGGCUUCGGUGGAGCAGUUCUGGAAGUUCUACAGUCACCUGGUCAGACCCGGGGACUUGAGUGGACACAGCGACUUCCACCUGUUCAAGGAGGGAAUCAAACCCAUGUGGGAGGAUGAGUCCAACCGUAGUGGGGGGAAGUGGAUCAUCCGUCUUCGUAAAGGUCUGGCCAGUCGGUUCUGGGAGAACAUCAUUCUGGCCAUGUUGGGGGAACAGUUCAUGGUGGGGGAGGAGAUCUGUGGAGCCGUGGUCUCUAUACGCUUCCAGGAGGACAUCUUGUCCAUUUGGAACAGAACGUCCAACGACCAGACAACAACGUCCAGAAUCAGAGACACUUUGAGACGAGUCCUCAACCUUCCAGCUAACACCAUCAUGGAGUACAAGACGCACAAUGACAGCCUCAGGGACAACUCGAGCUUCAGGAACACCAAGAUUUCCCUCUGAGGACACAUCAGCUGACUGUCCUCCUUCCAAUCAGGAAGAGCUGGUGUCACCCUGCUCUGUGAUUGGCCAGUGGAGGAGUGACGCUGGUUUAUUGUUUGUGGUAUUGACUGAGUGGUCUCUGACCAGUUCUUUGUGUCUUUGAUGUGUUUUUGUGUAAAUAAACAAAACGGACUCUUUAGAGUAA